AUGGACUCCAUCCUCGGCACGGGCUACGACGACAGCCACCGAGCUUUCCUUCAAGUUCUGCUCGCCCGCGCCACCAUCACUUUCGAAGAAGCUCAACCCAUACUGGCCACCAUUUUGAACGCCGCCAGCGCGGACGGUUCCGAGUUUCGCCCCGAGCAAAUCACCCCAGACGUGUUUCAGCAAUACAUCGACGCAGCAUCGGAAGCCGCCUCUCUCUUCGACUAUGAAGUUCGCAGCAUCAGUCACCAGGUCACCAAGGAGCGCCUGUACGGGCUUGUGAACACGCAGUCAGACCCCCAGACCCAACUAGCCACGACCUUUAGUGCCGAGGAGCUGGCGUUCAUCAAGCGCGUCCUGGAUGCCAUGUUCGACAAGUACAACACCCCCCGUAUGGAGGUGCUCGCCAUUACCGAGAUGCAAGCCAUCAAACUCGCGAGACCGCCCCAGAGCCGAUACAGCCAGAUGGGCAUCGAGGCACCCUCGGAGACGGAAACGCCUUCCGACCAAGCAGCAGUCGUGGACCGCGGCUUGAAACACAGCGAAGUCGAAACCGUCAUGGGCAAUCUCGUGGAGGGAGGCUGGUUCGCCAAGAGCCGGGAGGGAUUCUACUCGCUCGCCCCAAGGGCAUUGUUGGAGCUGAGGCCCUGGCUGCUUGACACGUACAACGAGGAGGCUUUCGCGGACGAGUGGCAGAGGAUCAAGCUCUGCGAGGCGUGCAAAGAUAUCAUCACGAUUGGCUUGCGGUGUUCGGAACCGCUCUGCAAUCUGCGGCUACAUGACGUUUGCGAGAAUGCCUUUUGGCGGACUCGCAGGUCCAAGAACUGCCCCAAGUGCCAGAAGGAGUGGACGGGGCAUCAUUAUAUUGGUGAGAAAGCCGUCACGAUGACCGAGGCGUACCAGCGGGGGAGGAGGCGGAGCGGUGGGAGAAGAAGCACGCUGGCGGAUGAGGUUAUCCAGCAGCAGACCGCGGAAGGGGAACAAGAAGACGAUGAGGACGACGAGCGCUGA